CAAACUUUCCUCCAUAUAUACAUACCCCUCUCUCUCUCUCUCUCUCUCUCUCUCUCUCCCUCACACACACACACACCAAAUAUAACAUGAUGAAACCACACGUCGAUAACCUUUGGCUCAUCGCUCUCUCUUCGAAAUGCAAAUGGAUUUCUCCUUCAAACGCCAUAAUCUUAGCAUUUGUCUUCUUUCUUUCAUGGCUAAUCCUCAACUUGAUCUUCUGGGCUCACCCGGGCGGCCCCGCUUGGGGCCGCCUGAGAUGGACGAGGCUGUCCCCUCGGGCGAGGGUCAUCCCUGGCCCGAGAGGGGUCCCGGUCGUGGGGAGCAUGGGCCUCAUGGCCGGCUUGGCUCACCGCAGAUUGGCCUCGGCGGCUGAAUCCUGCGGCGCCAAGCGCCUCAUGGCCUUCAGCCUCGGGCAGACACGCGCCGUGGUCACGUGCGACCCGGACGUGGCCCGAGACAUCCUGAACGGGUCGGCUUUCGUGGACCGGCCGGCUAAGGAGUCGGCCUACGAGCUCAUGUUCGGCCGGUCCAUGGGGUUCGCCCCCUACGGUGUUUACUGGACCACGCUUCGCAGAAUCGCCUCCGCUCACCUCUUCUGCCCCAAGCAGCUCAAGGCUUCCGCGCAGCAUCGGCUUGAGAUAGCUAAUCAGGUGGCGGCGAUUCUGGAAUGUUCUGGAAGAGACGGCGGCGGCGGCGGCGGCGGUUGUGAUAUCCGCGUGAGGGAUGUGUUGAAGCUGGCCUCGCUCAACAACAUGAUGUACUCAGUGUUUGGGCGGCGCUACGUGCUUGAUCCUAACAACUCAGAGACGGCGGAGCUGAGAGAUUUGGUGGAGGAAGGAUACCAUUUGCUCGGCCAGCUCAACUGGUCCGAUCACUUCUCCUUCUUAGCGGAUUUCGACGUACAAAAUAUCCGGUCCCGGUGCGCCCGUAUGGUGCCCCGGGUGAACCGGAUUGUCGGCGGGAUUAUGGCCGAGCACAAGGACCGAACCGAUGGUCGUGAUUUCGUGGACGUCUUGCAGUCCCUUCAGGGCCCAGACAGACUUUCAGAAUCCGACAUGAUCUCGCUUCUGUGGGAGAUGAUAUUUAGAGGGACGGACACGGUGGCGGUGCUGAUGGAGUGGAUACUGGCGAGGCUCGUGCUGCACCGCGACGUUCAGUCGCGCGUGCAGCACGAGCUGGACGGGGUGGUGGGGAGGUCACGGGCGGUGACGGAGUCGGAUUUGGCGGAGCUCGGGUACUUGACGGCGGUGGUGAAGGAAGUUCUGAGGCUGCACCCGCCGGGGCCGCUGCUGUCGUGGUCGCGGUUGUCGAUCAGGGAUACGACGGUUGGCGGGCACCGCGUGCCCGCCGGAACCACCGCGAUGGUUAAUAUGUGGGCGAUCGCGAGGGAUCCGGAUUACUGGCCCGACCCGCUGAGCUUCAAGCCCGAGAGGUUCCUCGCGGGCGGGCCGGAGAUUACGGAUUUGAGGCUGGCGCCUUUCGGGUCGGGUCGGAGGUCGUGCCCGGGUAAAGGGAUGGGUAUGACCGCGGUCAGCUUUUGGGUGGCGAGGCUUUUGCAUGAGUUUGAAUUUGCGGCGGCGGCGGCGGCUGGCGGCGUGGACCUGUCAGAGGAGCUGAGGCUCUCCUGUGAAAUGAAGCAGCCGCUAAUGGUGAGGGUGCGGCGCAGGAUAGACUCCUUUGCGCACUAAUUCAUCACCUUCGUCUGCGUAAAAGUUUGAGGAAAGGGAUAAGACAAAAGCAAUGGAGAAUAUAUAUAUAUAUAUAUAUAAAUAUAUAAAUAUAAAUAUAUUAAUGUAUGUAUCUAUAAAUAUUUGAAUGUGGCUUGCACCUACUUACGUCAGUCCGUUUCAUGUAACUUUUCUCCCCUAUUUUCAAUUUUAAUUUAACAAUUUCGGAGUAGGAAUUCCUAUUUUA